CACGUUUGGAGGAACCGGCAGGGAAGCGAGAACGGACUGCAAGGAGAGCAGAAGGGUUCCCGGGAUCCGAAGGGCCCGGGGCCGCUGGCGGGCCCGGAGCGCGUCGUGACCCCACAGUGCCCGUCACAAGCGGCGGGGCUGCCGGCAGAGCUCCUGCCGGUGGAGGCGAGGGGCGCCGGGGGAGAAGCGCACCUCUGCGGCGGCGCCUGCUCCUGCCUGCGGCGGGGCGGGGAGGGAGCAGGUGAAUGCGCCCUUUGUCCGGCCGAGGGCCCAGCAGAUCCACGGCCGGGCACUCUUUGGGCCGGCCGCUGUCGGAGGGGAGUCCCCGAGGCCGCGCCGUCCCGCCGCCCUGCGCUGCUCGGGACGGGGCACGGCACUGCUGCUCGCUCCCGCCGGGCAGAGGGGAGCGGGAUGGGUGCGGAAGGCGGGGCUGGGAGGGGAGGUGGAGGCUGCGGCCGGGCCCCACCGCCUCUCUCCUCAGAGACCGGCAGGCGCUCGGCUGCUGUCCCGAGGCCGCGUUUCCCUGCGAGCGGCGGCGCCGGGCGCUGCCCCCCGCGGACAGAGCCGAGCCGGGGCUGCCGUCCCCCGCGGCGGGACCUGCGGCGGGAAGGAGAGGCCGGGCGUCCGGGCCGAGGGAGUUUCCACAAUGGAGAAGAGGGAAGGUGGUGAUUGUACCAUUGAUCAGAAUACAGAAUGUGGAUAUGCAGGUUGCCAAUCCAUCAGAAGCAGCUGCACUUUUUGAUUUACAUCAAGCACACCAUUUUGGUGAAUUUGAACACUCUUCAGAACAGCACUGCAAGCAGGAUCUGUUCCCUAAGUGGCACUUGCCAAUGAAGAUAGCAUCUGUGAUCUCAUUAUUAACAUUUAUUUACACAUCCAUGAGAGAUGUCAUAUAUCCUUUUAUAACCAGAAAGGAAAACGUUUUCUAUAAAAUUCCAAUCCUUGUCAUAAACAAAGUUUUACCAGUGACUUCAAUUACCCUUUUAGCACUAGUAUAUUUACCAGGAAUAUUAGCUGCUGGUUUCCAGCUGUACUUUGGCACCAAGUAUAAAAGGUUUCCACAGUGGCUGGAUAGAUGGAUGUUAUCAAGGAAACAAUUUGGACUUCUCAGUUUCUUCUUUGCUACACUGCACGCCUGCUAUAGCCUGUGCUAUCCAAUGAGAAGAUCAUACAGAUACAAGCUACUGAACUGGGCAUUCCAGCAGGUCAAACAAAAAAAAGAAAAUGCCUGGAUUGAACAUGAUGUUUGGAGAAUGGAGAUUUAUGUGUCUCUAGGAAUUCUGGGACUUGCUUUGCUGGCCCUGUUGGCAAUAACAUCAAUUCCAUCUGUCAGUCACUCUUUGACCUGGAGAGAGUUCCACUACAUUCAGAGCAAGAUGGGAUAUUUAGCCCUGCUGCUAUGCACUGUUCAUGCACUGGUGUUUGCUUGGAAUAAGUGGGUUGAUGCUAACCAAUUCAUCUGGUAUACGCCACCUUCAUUUAUGGUUGCAGUUUUUCUUCCUAUUGUAGUUCUGCUUUGUAAAUGCAUACUGCUCCUUCCAUGUUUUAGGAAGAAGAUAAGAAAAAUCAGAAGUGGUUGGGAAGCUAAGACACAAGUCAAUCGAACUAGCAUAACUUCCAGACUGUAAAUCAGAUAUGGACAUUUCCUGUCUAUGUAUGUAAAUAUGCGCAAGGCCAUGAUAUUUUCACUCAUGAGCUCUGUUUUCACAUUUGCUAUAGUUUCUUUCUAUUUUCUAGAGUUUCUUUCUCACUUUUCUUUUUGACUUCAGGAGUAUACUUGAUGCAAUUUUGUUGUUUUCAAGGACAGAAAACAAAAACAUUAAUUUUAUACUUUAUUCAGUGUUCUGGUGUUUCAUGAUUUUUCUUCUGCCUCACUACUUUUAAAAUCCAAGUGUUUAAUUUUCUCAAUCCCAGUUCUUUUGUAUGUAAAAAAAACAUAAAUAAUUUCUCCAGAUGACCACAGAAUUUAAAAAAAUUAUUACACCACAGAGCCCAGGAAUGCUUUCUGCUUCACACAGCCAUGUAUGUAUCUUCAUUUAAUCUCAGAAUUAUAAUGGGACAAAAACUAGAAUAUCAUCCCAUUGCUUCUUAGCAUCUGCAGCCUGUGUUUCACUCUGCAGAAUGGGGACCUUGGCAUAUGAGCCAGACAGAAACUGUGUAUUCCUGCCAGGUUUUGAAUGUACACAAGUGGGCAAGCAGAAUUACAGGGAUCUUUAUGAAGUAAAUAUCUCCUGAGCCUUGGGCACAGUCUAAAAAAAGAAUUUUUAGACUCAGAUCUCCGUUUUAUUGAGAACUAGGUGUGUCUCUGUUUACUUGAAACGAUAAAACAUUUCCCAUUUUUUAUUCCAUGAACACAUUCUUUUGUUUCUGAUGCUGGAAAUUUUCCAUGCUUUUGACCUAAGCCUGCAGCCCUUGACAUGUGCUAAAGUUUAUUUGCACAAAUUAUUCCAGUGGGAUAACUCCAUCAGGUAAAUGUGUUUUUUUGUUUACUCUAGGGCUAGCACAAUUGUGUGACUGGAAGGAAAACAUUAAAAAUAGACAUUUGAAUCUUGCUAUUGAUUUGGUGAGAUUCUCAUGUUAAAUGGUUUCCAAAUGCAUUUGCUUUUACAGAAAUAUUCCUAAUAUCUUUAAUAUGCUCCUUAAAUCCUACUUUCCUUAUAUUGCAUAGGUCUGGCUGAAAGUUGUAAAUGAAUAAUUAAUUUGUUAGUAUCAGUUUCGAAAUAUGUUAUUCAGUAGUAAAUAUUUUCACCCAACAUUUCUGCCAAUCUGCCUGCAGAAGUUGAGUAGGACAUGGACUGUUGAUGCCACCUAUUUCUGGAAUCCUCUGAAUGAGAACUGUAAUUGGUAAUGGCUCUGGUAUUAAAACAAACAGGAAAACAACAUAUGCCUAAAAAAAAUAUGUAAUAUAUGGUGCUAAUGAAUCUGUUGUCCCUUUCUGGACUUUUACACGGAGCAUAAAUAACAGAAAAAUUAAAUAGCUACAGGGAUAUUACAUUUUGUAUUUUCCUGGUUGUUAACAUUCAAUUAUUGCAACUUAAAAGUUGGCCUUUUUUAAAUUUGCACAUAUAAUACUGUGAAAGUACCUGGGGACAUGGUGGCCUGUAUAAUAUAGAUUGAAAUCUGUGGCAUUAGGUAUCAAACCAGUAAUACAUGGCAGAGGCCAAUACCCUUUAAUACAGGAAGAUGGACUGCAAUGUUAAUCUAAGUUUCUACAGAGCAGGAAAAGUAUGGUGCUCAAUGCAUUUGCAUUUAUAUUUCUAUGAAUGAAAUAAAUCUUUUUUAAUUUUAAGCUCUAUGCACUUGUUACAGAAGGUAGUGCAAGAUAGCAUACUUCAUUCAUUUCAACCAGUUAAUAUGGUUUGAAUAGAUAACAUAAAUUACAGGGGAAAAUCAAUUUCAAGAUCAUCACAUACUACCCAAACUGACCUUUUGACACUCAUCAUUCAGCUGGGGACAUUAAGCACACUUCAGACUUUUCUCUCUAGCAUUGCCCAGAGGCAAACUCAGAAGUGUCUUCUACAAUAUGAAAUUUACAUACAUUCUACAAAAGCUAUUAAAAAAAAUCACAUGACAUCCAAACUUUAAGCAUGUUUUUCCUAUUGACUGUUUCAAGUGGGAGCCAAGUUUUCUGUGUCACAUCUAGCCCUUUCUCUAGAAGCUACCACUGAAUGCUUAUAGCCAGCACUUGAGACUUCAUAUUGAGUCUCUUCCCUACUUUAUAAGUAUUUUGUCAACUACAUAUCAGUAACUCAUUUCCCAGUCUGCAGGCUGCACAGGGAAGUGGUUGACUCACCAUCCCUGGAGGUAUUUAAAAGACACGUAGAUGUGGUGCUUAGGGACAUGUUCUAGUGGUAGGCUUGGCAGUGUUAGAUUCAUAGUUGGACUCAACAUAAAUGAUACUAUGACUUGCUCUUUAGGCAUUCAGAUACAACAGUGAGGGAGAUCUAUAUAGGGCUAAGAAGAAAAUGCCAUUGACAGUAUUUAUUUUCUCCAUUUGUAGCAGACAUGAUUUAGUUCAAUACUGAUGAAACUAAAUUCAUAUGUACCUUUUAAUUUAUGUUUAUGUACCUGUUUCAAAAUUCAGUAUAUUAAUAGGCCUAUAUAUUAUUGUAAUACAUUAAUUGAAUGUGUGUGCACAUUUUAGGCACUUAUUUGUAUAACACUAAUUAGUUUUAUAAAACUGUGCAUCAUUAAAUGCUUCAAUGUAUGCUGUAUCUGCCAUUGUGUCAUAUACAUCCAAUGUCAAAGGGUAAAAAGGCACAUUAUACUCUAGAAGAGCUGGUGAUAUAAACAGUCAAGGGGAACCAUUUUCUUCAUGCUAGUGAGGAGCCUGGAACCUCCAAAGGAAAGAAAACAAAGAUGUAAAAGCAAAAUGAACACUUUCAUAGUGUAAUGAAAUUGCAUUUUUCUUGAUGGAACCUUUAGCUGUAUAUAAUAACAUCCAGAGGUUUUGUGAUAAGGAAAGAAGGCUUUGGAGGGAUACCCAAGAUCCCUGGAAAUACUGAUCAAAGAACAAGAAAAGUUCAAGAAUAGCAAGGGCAUUGAGGAAAUGCAUCUAUGGGCAUAUUUUUGUGUAGGAAUCCAUCAUUCUAGAGGCAGUGGCUUUAAAAUGUCUCUACAAGGCCUGAAAAGUACUUUUUUUCUGUUGUUACAUGUCUCCAAUGUAUUUGAGAGACACAGAAUUGAAACUUUGGAGAUACUAAAUCCUAAAGGGGCCUGAGGAAUUUUAUGCCAAAUUCAUUUGGAGAGGUCACAUCCAGAAUACUUUUACCAAGAAGUGAUAGUUCAUUGUUCAGGAAGCUGGAGCCACGGCUGUGUUGGCUAUUGUGUAAUGCAAAUUUCUGUUGACUGCAGCAUUUACUGUAAGCAGUCCCUCCCUUUGGCCACUCUUCUCUGUUCUCUCAGUGCUGAAGUCUUGAAAGAUGUGAGGUUCAUCAGAGUUGAAAAGUAAUGCAGAGAGAAUGAUUCAGCCAGAUCCACUCGUGUCUGGUUGACCUGACAGCCAUGCACAUAUGUCAGUAGGAAGAACAGCAAGAGGAAUAGUAUAAACAGGCAGUUUAACUUAAACCAGCCCUAAAUGAAAGGUUCCAAGUGCUCCUAAAAGUUGAAACUUACAUUAUUUCAUCCUAUUUCAGUAGCAAGAAUAUUCCCUUGCUUCACUUUUUUGUCAUGUUCUUAAUUUUCUAUGAAUCAGUGGGCAAAAAUCUGUUCUAGAAAUUGUCCUCAAAACCCGUAUAAAACUGACCUCUACGUGACUGUGGGCUGUGUGGUUUCAUUUGGAGAGAUGAUGAUCUCACAUCUCCUCUUUUUUCCUACACCCAUAGUUUCUAGUACUGUCCCUUAACCAUUUUUUAAAUUCAAAAUAAUUUCUUUUAAACUUAAUUUCUUUAAAUGGCAUGAAAGGAAUAGUUCAAAACAAAAAGACCAAUUUUUGAAAACACACUGGAUCCACCUCUGAAGAAUGUAAUCUGCUGUAGUUGCUGUAAAUGUCUGGCCAUGGCUGAUCAUUGCCACUGGUGUUUUUUCAGUAAUGCCAGAGUUUCAUUAUCCCAUGAGUAUAUUCUGUCGCUGAUGGCAAAAUUACUUAUUUUCUUGUUAUUUCUUUUAUUAAAACAAGUCUCAUUUAAUUCAAUUGCACCAGGGUUCAGUUUUUGCAUAAUGUUUUGAACUUUUCUGUAGAUUAAAUUUAACAUUUGAAUGGGUGAAGUGAGGCUAAUUUAUUAAGUAGGCAUAAGUUUUCAGAGAUUUUCAGCUGAAGAUACAUAAAACCAAUUCACAAACCAAACUCUAAAAACAUAAAAAAUACCACAGCUUCUUUCAAUAAAGAUGAUACAACAGAAGUUUGAGUUGUUUCAUACUUUUUGUUUCUUUUUAUGUAUAUUUCAUCUUCAUAGCAUGAAAGUAUAUUACUGAGAUAAAUAUGCUGUCUUUGACUUGGUUAAAUAUGUGUAGUCUCUGUGGGACUUGCAGAAUACUACCGUUGCUACUGAUAGAAAUAUUUGGUCAUUAAAUUUCAUGGUUUUGGGCUUACUACCAGGAAAGAAGU